AUGCCCUUUGCACAGCUGGUAAUAGGGCCCCCGGGCUCCGGGAAAUCCACCUACUGCGAUGGCAUGUACCAAUUCAUGUCCGCGAUCGGCCGAAAGUGCUCCGUUGUCAACCUUGACCCCGCCAAUGAUAGAACCUCCUACAACCCCGCGCUCGAUGUGCGCCAGCUCGUGACGCUGGAAGAAAUCAUGGCGGACGACGCACUGGGACCCAACGGUGGGAUGCUAUAUGCCCUUCAGGAGGUAGAGGCAAAUUUUGACUGGCUAAGGGAGGGCUUGAAGAGACUGGGAGAUGACUAUGUUCUAUUCGAUUGCCCGGGGCAGGUCGAGCUCUUCACACACCACUCGUCAUUACGAAAUAUCUUCUUCCAAAUCCAAACACUUGGGUACAGACUCGUCGUAGUCCACCUUAUCGAUUCCUAUUACCUCACCGUCCCGUCAUUGUAUAUCUCUGCCCUCCUCCUCGCCCUCCGCGCCAUGCUCCAAAUGGAUCUCCCACACAUCAACGUCCUCACAAAAAUCGACAACCUUUCCAACUACCCCCCUCUCCCCUUCAAUUUAGAUUUCUACACAGAAGUCCAAGAUCUCUCUUAUCUCAUGCCGCACUUAAACGAGGAAUCCCCCCGCCUUGCCAACUCGAAAUUCAGUGCGCUGAACAAGGUCAUCAUCGAGCUUGUGCAGGAUUUCGGACUGGUGGGGUUUGAGACACUCGCAGUCGAGGAUAAGAAGAGCAUGAUGGGUUUGUUACAUGUUAUUGAUCGGGCGGGUGGGUAUGCGUUUGGCUCCGCGGAGGGCGCAAAUGAUACUGUCUGGCAAGUGGCCGUUAGAGAAGGUCUGGACAAACUGGAUGUAAGAGACGUGCAGGAGAGAUGGCUGGAUGCAAAAGAUGAGUGGGAUGAGAAGGAGAGAAGAGAGUUGGAAGAAGGAGCUAAGGCGCGGGAGGAAGCAGGGAGGAAUGCGCGCGAUGCUGGAGGUGGUGAAGGCGAUGUUGAUAUGGACGAUUUCGACCUGGCCGGUCCCAGCAAAUAG